CCAAAAGCAGAAGUUAUUAUGAGUCAGAGUGUCCUCUUCACUUGGUACACUGAGCCCAAGACAGCUUCCAUUUCGGGGUUUCAGCUUACGGGAGGAAAACAGGCUAGAAGCCACGGACCAGCAAGAACUGAAGACAUCUUUCAGUCAUUUCUGCUGAUCUAGGUAUGUCUAACUGGAACUUUGCUUCGCCCCUUUGCUUUAACUGCCAAGGAACAUGAGCCCACAUCCUGGGUUUUCCAGGGGACUCUAUCCCUUCUCUGAAGCAGCCCUCCACUCCCCAUAGGUCAGCUGAUGGUGACUCACACAGCCUUACUUCCUGGCCCUUUCAGAAGGCAGACCCAUGUUUGAAACCUGACACUGUAAAGACACUUCCCAUUUGUGGAGUAGAAGCUCUUCGUCCAUGUGCCUGCAUGGAUUUGUGUUCUUUCAGAAGAGAAUGGCCUUCUCCCCUAGGGCUUAGCAGAGGCUGCCAUGGAUUCUGUGAAUUCCCGAGUUCACAAGGCAGAAGCCCAGGUGGUGAUGAUGGGCCUCAACUCAGCUGGCAAGACAACGCUCCUGUACAGAUGGAAGGGCUACCAGCUGGUGAAGACCCUGCCCACUAUUGGUUUCAAUGUGGAACCUCUCGAAGCCCUGGGGCAUGUGUCUCUGACUGUCUGGGAUGUCGGGGGACAGACCCAGCUCAGGGCCGGCUGGAAGGACUACCUGGAAGGUGCAGAAAUUCUUGUGUACGUGCUGGAUAGGACAGACAGAGCCCACUUGCCCAAGGCAGUGUUUGAGCUCACAGAAGUCCUGGCCAACCCCAACAUGGCCAGCAUCCGUCUCUUGGUGCUGGCCAACAAGCACGAGGCACCUGAUGCUCUGUCAUAGCCUGAGAUCAGAGACAGGCUGGGCCUCGAGAGAUUACGGGACCGCUGCUGGGAGCUCCAGGCCUGCAGAGCUCUCACUGGUGCAGGGCUGUCAGAGGUCCUGAGGACCCUGAGGAGCCUCCUGAAAUCCUGCAGCUUGUGUCCUCAGGUGAGGGCAGGUGGGGCAGGAUGUGGGGAGAGCAAGGUUUACGUGGACAGAGCUUACCUUUGCUCAUACAAACGGCAAUAUGCAGCCUUGAGAAUCUUAAGCUCACUUUAGCAAGAAAUCCUUCUGUGCUUGAGCAUCAAAGAGAUGCCCCU